AUGGUAUUGAAAGAGGAGGAUAAAGCACCUGCGGCCGAGACAGCAUUCACUGAUGCUGAUCGAGCUCGUCCAAAAGAUAUGCAUUCAGCAAGGGAAAAAGCGAGCAAGGACAUCAAAGCUCUCGGAGAGGGUGAAAUCAUUGGGAAUUGGAAGGUGGUGCGACCUAUUGAACCAGAACGCUGUUUUAACACUAUUUACGUAGUUGAGCAUGCGAAAAAAGGAUAUUUGGCUGCUUUAAAGUUGGAAAAGAAACAACCAGCCGUGCCGAUGCUAAAAUUCGAAUUGUUUAUUCUCCUCCACAUGGAACAUAAAAGCAAGUCGAAGCAUUUCUGCAGGGUAUUCGAUCGCGGUGCCGCUCCUGACUAUAACUGGAUCGCAAUUACUCUAGCUGGAAGAAACUUCAGGUUCAUUCGCAAAGCUUGCAAAGACGGAAAACUCUCCUUGCCUUGCGGAUUAAGUGCAGGAAUGCAGUGCUUGAAAGCUAUAGAAGAGCUACACAAGGUUGGCUUUGUGCAUCGAUCGCUUAACCCGUCUACUUUUGCGAUAGGACGAGUACUCAAUGGCGAUCCUAAGGAUCUAAGAAAUGUGUACAUCCUCGACUUCGGCUUUGCUCAUGAGUACAGAAAUCCAGAUGGCACUCAUAAAGCACCUCGACCAAACCCAUCAAAAUACAUCGGAAGCGCCAGAUAUGCACCAAGAAAUGCCUACCUGAACAGAGAAUUAAGUCGAAUGGAUGAUCUGGAGAUGUGGUUGUACGUGACAGUUGAAUUGGUGAAGGGAGCAUUGCCAUGGGUUGCUCAACGGAAUGCAAAGGACAUUUUCGACUACCAGAAAUCAGUGCGAACUGGACUAGGAUUACGAGAAUUCUUAGGAGGUUUGCCUGUCGAAUUUGUGGAUAUUAUGAAAGAGGUCGACAAACUUGCGUACUCUGAUGAUCCCAACUACAACGAGAUCUAUAAUCAUAUAACCAAUGCCAUUAAAAUGAGCGGACAGAAGGAAUUCCCAUAUGAUUGGGAAGAGGCAGAAAUUGCUGCCGAAAAGGCAGGAGAAGGUCCAGGAGCUCCAAUAAAGAAGGAAGAAGCACCGCCUGUUCCAGCAAAGUGA